AUGAUGCUGCUCUCCACCCUCCUCCUGGCCGGCACCUGCGUCUCCACGAAGGUUGGGUGGUUAGGUGAUAUCGAGGACGACACCUACGCCGUCUUCAUGCACGCGGCGCAGCGUUACGAUGUCACACCGCAUUUCUGCGAGACCGCGGCGGCGUGCGGCGACCUCGACGGCCUGCGGGGCAUCGUCACGCCGCUCACCGGGACACUUCUUGAAGUCGCCGCACAAAGCGCCUCGGAUUUGAACCUCACGUUACUCACAACGCGUUCUACGGAAGAAGGAAGCUACUACCGCCUCGGACCGCAGCCCCGCCACCGCCUCCAAGCCUUGGUGGAUCUGGCCGCCGUUUAUGAUUGGCGCGCGAUCGGCGCCGUCGUCGACGUUGAGAAUUUGCCCCUCGCGACGCAGCUCGAUGCCAUGCUGCGGCGCGCCGUCGGGACGGGAUUGCAAGUACUGGCCACGACCUUGAAUGAUAUCACACCCAUAUCGCUGUCGGGCGCCAAGGUCGCCUUCGCGCUCAGUCCAUCAAAAACGCUGGCGCAGCGGGUCGGGUCUGUCGCCGCGUGGCUCGCGAUAGAUUCCACAAACGAUGACUGGCUCGUGGCGUCGUACGACCCGCCGUGGGACGCCGGCAACGCAACCCUAAAAGCGGUGGAGCUCGCCGGGAACUGGACGGAUAUCUUCGACCGAGACGACGCCUACGUCCCCAGAAUCAUCAUCAAAUCGAACGGCACGCGCAUCUGGGACGGCGUUACACUAACGCCGUCGCGCUUUGAUAGUAUAGAGGACGGCCGCGGCUGCGACUUUAGCCGGAGCGGCGCGGCGCGCUACUUCUGCGAGACGUGCCCCGCGGGGCGCUUUCAUCGUCGGUUCCUCGCAGUAUUUAAGGGCGGACUAUGGCGUCCGGUGCGGCUCGUCCCAACAUUACUGGAACAGGGCGUAUGCUAUCAUAUGUGUAUUCGCGUACCCGCUCGGCGUGCCUUUGUUUUAUUUCUACCUGUUGCGAAAAGAUCGGGACGGCUUGGAUCCCAUCAUUGAUGGAAAGCGCGCGCGGAAACACGACGAGGAGCGGCUCGAGGCCGCACAAAGUCAGAGACUCGCGGACACGAGGCUAAGGUCGUCGUCGAUGCUCUGGGGGCCGUACGAGCCGCAGCACUACCUCUGGGAGGUCUGGGAGUGUAUCCGACGGUUACUGACGGGGGGCCUGGCUCCGUUAUUGUUCCCGUUCCGGCCGGUGCUGCAGAUCGCUCUAUCUUUGACCAUAGCGCUCGCGUCGCUGAAAUUGUAUGUCACCUACAAGCCGUUCUCGGUGGACGCGGACGAUAGAUUGGCCGAGCUCCUGUGCUGGAUUUUAGUCUUGACGCAGCUCGCGGUGCUGGUCCACGAGGGAACGUAUCGAAGGGACUCGGAGGCCGUCGGGUGGGCACUUAUGGGGUUGCUCGUAAGCGCCCUGGCCACGGGCGCCUAUCUUAUAUAUGUUGAUGUAAAACGAGAGCGGGAGGUGUUGCAGGAUCUGGUCAAGCACCAGAAGCGGACUUUGGGGAGGCGUCUCUCGUCGCUGGGAUCGCGGCUGGGCCUGAAGGUGGCCGAGGAGGACGUCGACGUCGAAGGACCCGCGUCGCCACUCGCGGCGGGGCGCGCGUGA